AUGAAACCGCGAUCCACUGCUCAGAAGAGACUCUUGAAAGAAUACCAACAGCUAGCACGAGAUCUGCCGCCCGGAAUCGUGGCCGGCCCUAUUUCCGACGACAACUUGUUCGAAUGGGACUGCUUGUUGGAGGGUCCCGAAGAUACACCCUACGAGAACGGAGUGUUUCGUGCCGUGUUGAAGUUCCCCACUGACUACCCACUAAGUCCUCCGCUGCUCACCUUCGAUCCACCCUUGCUUCACCCAAACAUUUAUGAGGACGGCACGGUCUGUAUAAGUAUAUUGCAUCCGCCGGGCGAGGAUCCGAACCAGUACGAACGUCCUGAGGAGAGAUGGUCUCCAAUCCAGAGCGUGGAGAAGAUCUUGUUGAGUGUGGUUUCAAUGCUUGCUGAGCCCAAUCCCGAGAGCGGUGCCAACAUUGAUGCGUGUAAGUUAUGGCGUGACGAUAGGGACGCAUUCUGUAGACAAGUACGGGUCCAAGCCUUGAAGGCCUUGGGCUUGCUUUGA